AUGGAAACCCCGGCCCAACGACCAAAGACUCGCAGCCAGACUCGUGACCAAGUUAAUUGCUCUAAUGUUCCGGAGGGAGAGUAUGCUGAAGCAGCCAUCCUGGAAAGUCCUGUCCGGGUUCCAGUCAAAUUCACAACUGAGAGUUUUAGAGACGUUGAGCCACUGCCUUUGACCAUCCACACUGAGGAGCCUGUCGCACCACCAGUCCUCAGUGAUGUUGAACUACCUGACCUCCACUCACCUGCUCAAAAUCUGGACCCUGAAAACCACUUACCUGAAGAACCUGCCACCUCCGAUCCACCUACAUCCCUGGUGGGAGAAGAGGAAGUGCCAGAGGGAGAAGACUAUCUUGAGCCAGUACCUGUGGAGGAAGAAAUACUUACCAAUGACUUACCCGUUGAACCUGAACUGUCCCUAGACACUGAGGUUGCUGAUCCAUCGACCGUCCAACCUGAGCCAUCCUUCGGGCCCAUCAAUUCACCCGAAACUGUCUCUAAUGUGGCGGAACCCGAAACAGUUCUUAGGCGUCCUGUGCGUCAACGCCAGCCACCCAGUCGUCUCACCCACGACUCCGUGAAGCUGAUCAAGUUCGCGGACGACACCACCCUCAUUGGACUCAUCUCCAACAACGAUGAGUCCGCCUACAGGAGGGAGGUGGACCGGCUGGUGUCCUGGUGCAGUGGUAACAACCUGGAGCUGAACGCCCAGAAGACAGUGGAGAUGAUUGUGGACUUCAGGAAGAGCACUGUCCCCCCGCCCCCACCCUCCGUGAUGGACUCCCCCAUCACCUCUGUGGAGUCCUUCCGUUUCCUGGGCACCACCAUCACCCAGGACCUCAAGUGGGAGCCGACCAUCAGCUCCCUCAUCAAGAAGGCCCAGCAGAGGAUGUACUUCCUGCGGCAGCUCAGGAAAGCCAAGCUGCCUGCACAGAUGUUGGUGCAGUUCUACACGGCCAUCAUCGAGUCCAUCCUCACCUCCUCCAUCACCGUGUGGUUCGCUGGAGCCACAGUCAGGGACAAACAGAGACUACAGCGCAUUGUGCGCUCUGCAGAGGAAGUGAUCGGCCGCAGCCUUCCAUCGCUGCAGGACCUGCAGGAGGCUGCGGUCCAUCAGGACUAG